AUGACGUCUGGCGGAAGAUUUGAUUUUGACGACGGAGGGACCUACUGCGGGGGCUGGGAAGAGGGAAAAGCCCACGGCUACGGCGUUUGCACGGGGCCCAAAGGUCAAGGUGAAUUUUCAGGGUCGUACCACUGUGGCUUUGAAGUCUGCGGUGUCUACAAGUGGACGACGGGCAGUAGUUAUAAGGGCCAAUGGACGCAAGGAAAACGUCAUGGUCUGGGGGUGGAGAACAAGGGUAGGUGGGUCUAUCAGGGGGAAUGGACACAAGGAUUUAAAGGUAGGUAUGGAAUUAGGAUUAGCACGACGACGGGGGCGAAAUACGAGGGCUCAUGGACCACGGGGCUGCAAGAUGGGUAUGGGGUCGAGACCUACGCUGACGGAGACAUCACUCCGCUUGGAAAUAUUUUUAUGUUGGUAACAGGAAAGUCACAAGAACUGAUUACCAAAUCCAAAGUACCACCCAACACAUGUGUUGGCACCUACCAGGGCCAGUGGCUCCGCGGCAUCAGGCACGGCUACGGUGUUCGACAAAGCGUUCCAUACGGCCUGGCUACCCUCAGCCGACAAAAAAUCGGUCGCGAUUCUCUGACGUCACUGAGAAGCGAGUCCGAAGAUGACGUCAUCGUAAAAGAAAGAGAUCGCAAGAUGGCGGAAGUGAGGGGUGGGUUUGUUCUGACGGCCACAAGAUCCACUUCGGAGACCCGACAUUUAGCCCGCAAGUUUCCCUGGUUCAAAGGAAAGUACGAGAAACGAGCCAACAGUGCCGAGCCAACGAGUCCGACAAAAGCUAGCGGACCAAAAGCCAGCAUACGAAGAGCUUUCGACGGAUUGAAGCUACGCAAACAGCGCAGCGAAGAGUUGAAUCUCAACGGUUUCAACACCAGUCCAACUUCCACAAGUCCAACGGCGGCUGAUCGUCGCUACACCAGUAGCACGGGCUCCGGGCGCAGCUGGCGACGUAGAAAGCACGACGACGACGCCACGAUCAAAAGCAACGCAAGCAGCUGCGCCUCGUCAUCGCUUCGGUACUCGCCAAUCAGUGCGGCUGCUUCUGAGAGCUGCGCCAGUUUUGCUCAAGACGAGACGACGGACCUGAACGCUGUGGAGACGUACGCUGGCGAGUGGAAGAAUGACAAGCGGUCGGGUUUCGGCGUGAGCGAGCGGACUGACGGCUUGAAGUACGAAGGUGAGUGGGAGAACAACAAACGGAAUGGUUACGGUGCUACAACAUUUCCAGACGGCACGACCGAAGAGGGGAGGUACAAGGUGGACGUGUUGGUCAGUUGGGGCAAGAAGAACAAGUUGAUGAUGUUGCGGGCAGGCAAGAUGAGGGAGCAGGUGGACAAUGCCAUCUCUGCAGCUAAGAGGGCUUCACACAUUGCCAUUCAAAAAUCUGCCAUUGCUGUUUCGAGAAUGAACAUGGCUCAAGCGAAGGCUGAAGCCGCCAUGCAAACGGCUUCCAAAGCCAUUGCCGACGCUGAAAAAGCAAAAGGUAAAGCCAUGGAACUUGCACCUGAAUUUAUGGCUGAAAUAACUAAAAAAGACAACGCAGCCCUGGCGGCAUCAGCCUCCUCAUCGGGCCUGCCACACCACCUGCCUGCCCACCUCAUCGGCAAGUCGAACUUCCACAGUUACGACACCAACCAGGGCCCUCAUGACGUUCAGAGUUCAUUCGUCUCCCAGUUCACUGACCACUACAACCCGCAACAUCAAGUCAGCCAAGCUAAACACUUUAUGAGUAGAAUCACUAAAAAUGUUAGCGAAGCCGUCGAAUCCAGUAGAGCCGGACACGACGACUCUGCGAAAUCGCCACUCCCAACAAUCGGCAAUGUUCUUCUAUCGGUCGGCUUAGACACGUCGCUGUAUAAAAGUCUAGCCACCAAGCCACGACCAGCAAACGAGAUGAACGCAACAUUACCGGUGACUCAGCAACAAAUUUUGCAGAUGCAGCAACAGCAGCAGCUGCAACAACAGCAGCUUCAGCAGCUUCAACAACAAUCCUUGCAAAAACAACCACCUCAACAACUUUUACAACAUCAGCAACAGUUUUCCGAACGAUUUCUGCAAAGUAACAAUCCGCAGCAGAAGCAGCAGCAGCAGACGGUGACUACAAAACAAAAGGAGUUGGUGAAAAAAAAUUUAGAAAUGAAACAAAAUCAGAGCCCGACAAACAAUUUGACAAAUGACAACAGUUCAACAAAUGUUGCGAGAAUUUUAAUCGACAAGAACAAACGAUUGGCCGAGUUGUUAGACCAAUCAGUGCUAGAUGACCAUUUCGACCAGUACCAGACAUGGGACGAAUCAUCGUCGUCGUCAUCAACAAGUAACAUCAACAAAAAACCAUCAACAAACCCUCAACAACAACAGCAACAGCAACAGCAGCAACAAUUUGAUGUUGCAACAACAACAAACCCAACGUACUCGAGCUACAACAGCACAAGCAGCAACAACCCACGCAACAUGUCUCAACAGAAGCAACAACAACAACAGCAACAUUCAUACGUGGUGAACCCGACAUUUAGUUACGACCGAACACGGCAACAUUAUCAACAACAACUUCAACAACACCAGCCACAACAACCUAACAUCGGCUUCAUCGACUACAACAACAGCGAAAACAUCAACUUCAGCGACUACAGCGACGACUACCAGAGCCCUGUCAUCGAUCCCAUCCCAGCUAUCAACUUUGAACGCCGACAAACUCUACCAGCCGGCCAACUUCGACAACAAACAACAAAAACCUCAUCGACUGCAACAAAAUCACCACUCCAAAACCAGCCCAAAACAUCUCGACAACAACUACCCACACUAUCAAACCCAACGAACGCAACGACAUCUCAGCUUAAAUCGGCAAAAAACGCUCUGGGAAGUACACCAAACGUUUCGAAAAGGGUUAAAAAUUCAGGAGGUAGUACCACACCCCCCGCUAUACCCCGUGAAGAAGUUCACUUCAUGAGCGUUCGUAGGCGAGAAGAAUUGAGGUUGAUGAGAGAGGAGGAAGAGAGAAGGAGGCAGCAAGAGUUGGUCCUUAGUUUCGCCGAAAUCAAAAACUGGUGCCAGCAGAGACAGUUUGUGGUUUUUGUCAUAGCUCUCAACCUAGGCCUCCUGCAAAAAGUACAUAAAGCUGAGGCGAACACAAUAGCAAACAAAAAUGUAAUGUGA